AUGCAGACCUCAGUCAGCGCCAUGCGUGGCAGCGCCCUGGUGGCGACCACCCACACUGCCAGGACCUCCACCCGGGCAACCCGCUGCGUGGCUGCCUUCGAUGCUCGUCGCUGGGCCAGCGUGGCGGGAGUCGGUCUGGCCUCCAUUGGCCUGACUCUCACCGCCAAUGCUGCGACCGUGAAGCUCGGAACCGAUUCCGGCGGCCUGCAGUUCGACCCCGAGACGGUGACCAUCUCCAAGGGCGACUCCGUCACCUGGCAGAACAACGCCGGCUUCCCCCACAACAUCGUCUUCGACGAGGAUGGGGUGCCGUCUGGCGUGAACGUGUCGAGCCUGAACCAUGAGGACUACCUCAACGCCCCCGGCCAGUCUGUGACCUCCAAGUUUGAUGUGGCUGGCGAGUACAACUACUACUGCGAGCCCCACCAAGGUGCCGGCAUGCAGGGCAAGGUCAUCGUCAACUAG